UUUUUAUUCGCUCUCUCCCAUUUUCCACUUUCUUGGAUUCCACCGCCGAAACUGUAUUUGCGGUUCUCUCUGAAAUUCGAAUCUCUAGGCAUUUUAGAGUAAGAUAAAGAUGCCAGACUCUGAUCUUGAAAUGGAGAAGGAAAAUCUUUCCGUUCUUGUUCCACAUGGAUUGAACUCUGAUGGAAAGAUUCGUACAUUGGAAAAAGAGCUGGAAAUGACUAGAGAAAAACUUAUUGCGUCAGAGCAAGAGAGUACAAAAUUAAAGGGUAAUCUCUCUGAAGUGAUUUUGAAAAAUGCUGAUCAAUUGAAGCAUCUGCUUUGUCAAGAUGCUGAGCAGAGAGUUGAACUAGCAAAUAAUGCUUCCAAAAUUAGUUUCUUGGUGAAUCAGCUAGAAAUGGCUAAAGAGAAACUUCAAAGAUCAGAAGAAGCGAAUACCAAGUUGAACUUUGAUCUCUCAAAAAUUGUUUCUGAAUGCACUCAAUUAAGUGAUCAGUUGGAAGCAAGUUGUAGUGAUGUACGUGUGUUGGAAGCUCAACUUGAUUCUGGAAAAAAGCAUGCCUUGGAACUGGAGGACAUGUACAAAUCCAAGCUCUUAGAUCAGGAAAGUGAGAUCAAGAGAAUCAAUUCAGAAUAUGAUGGUGCAAAGGAGCACUUUCUUUUGGAGAAAGAACAGCUCCAAUCUGUUAUAUCUAGUUUGUAUGUGCAGCUGGCCUUACAAGAGGAAAUGCAGGAAACACUGGAGAUGCGAAACAAAGCAUUAGUGGAUGAUAUCAUACAAUGCAAAGGACAAAAGGAACACUUUAAGUCUGAGUCGCAUUCCAAAGAUAAGUUCAUCCACGAGGCCAAUAAAGAAUAUGCUGGCUUCAAAUUGAAGAUUGACGUCCUAAUGACCGAAAAAGAUGAGAACAUUGCUGCACUACAGACGUUGAAAGCAGUACUGUCCUCCCGAGAUGAUCAAAUUCAGCAACUGGAGGAUAAUGUGAAGCAGCUGCAUUCCAAAUGUUUAGAUCUAAGUGCAGGAUCUGAGAGUGCAGAGAAAUUAAUAAAUGAACUGCAACAGAGAGUGGUGCACUUGGAGAAAGAAGUGGGUAUGCAGAAUGCAGUAAUCUCUGAUAGGGCAGAGGAGAAAAGGGAGGCUAUAAGGCAACUAUGCUUCUCACUGGAGCAUUACAGAAAUGAAUAUCAACAGCUGCGUGAGGCAUACAUUGAGAAAAAAAAAAAAGAGGCUAACCAUUUUUGCUUAAUAAGGUUUCCGUAAGUAUGCCCUUCUUAUGUUUGUGUUACCAGCUUUGGAUAUAUGGCAUUUGUGUUCUUUCUCGUUUAUCUCAGAUGAUUUAGUCUCAAAAUUUGAUGUACCUCAAAACUCAAUGGUUAUCAUCCAUUUAUGCUGAAUUGUUUGAGAUUCCCUCUACUGUCUUGUUUGAAUUAUAAAAUGUCUAGCAGUGGUUUUAACUUUUAAGUUGCUAUUACUGCUAUCCU